AUGCCUGGAGAAGUUAUCGACCAUCCAAAUCCAGCGCCGUUCCCCUCCCAUCUGCCGGAAUCUUUGGAAAAAUUGGGAGUUCAACUUCCCGCUGAGACUCUUGAUCAACAUACAUGUGAUGCCUUACUGAAAUUUCGGAGAGCGGCUUCGUACAUCGCUGCGGCGAUGGUAUUUUUACGCGAUAAUACUCUUCUGAAGAGAGAACUCACAUACGAUGAUAUCAAGCCUCGUUUACUUGUCUCCGCAGGACACUGGGGAACAUGCCCUGGCUUGAUUUUGGUAUAUUCUCAUCUAAACUACCUUAUCAGGACAAAAGGAUUUGAUAUGCUCUAUGUGGUUGGACCAGGGCAUGGGGCACCGGCAAUUUUGGCCUCUCUGUGGCUUGAGGGUUCAUUGGAAAAGUUCUAUCCGCAGUAUUCUCGGAAUUCUCAAGGCCUCCACAACCUUGUUUCCUCAUUCAGUACGACAGCUGGGCUCCCAAGCCAUAUCAAUGCCCAGACACCUGGUGCCAUUCAUGAAGGCGGAGAGCUAGGAUAUGCUCUAGCUGUAUCCUUUGGUGCUGCCAUGGACAAUCCCCAUCUGAUUGUCCCUUGUAUCAUCGGAGAUGGUGAAGCUGAAUCUGGCCCCACCGCUACCUCUUGGCAUGCAAUUAAGUACCUGGACCCCAAAGAGUCUGGGGCUGUUCUGCCUAUUCUUCAUGUUAAUGGAUUCAAAAUCAGCGAGCGCACGAUAUUUGGCUGUAUGGACAACAAAGAACUUACAGCUCUGUUUACUGGAUACGGGUACCAGGUACGCAUUGUGGAAGACAUCAACGAUAUUGACACAGAUCUUCAAUGCUCUAUGGCUUGGGCUGUGGACGAGAUUCACAAGAUCCAGCAUGCUGCACGUUCUGGAAAGCCAAUUCUUAAGCCCAGAUGGCCCAUGCUAGUUUUGCGCACUCCAAAGGGAUGGUCAGGGCCGAAGCAACUUAAUGGUCAUUUUAUCGAAGGCUCUUUCCAUUCACAUCAGGUACCUCUUCCCAAAGUCAAGACCGACAAAGAGCAACUAGUUAUGCUACAGAAUUGGCUCUCCGGCUAUAAGCCGCAAGAACUUUUCACAGAAACUGGCGAUAUAGUCGACGACAUCAAAUCUAUUAUCCCUAGUAAUCCGUCAAAGAAGCUGGGUCAGCGCAUUGAAGCGUAUAACGGAUAUACUCCACCAAAGCUUCCGGACUGGAAAGCUUUCUGCGCGAAGAAAGGGACAGAAGAAAGCGCCAUGAAAGCAAUUGGAAACCUCAUCAAUGAGACUCUCGUUCAGAAUCCCCAUGGCGUUCGACUGUUCUCUCCCGACGAGCUUGAGAGUAACAAGCUUGAUGCUGUGUUUGACAGCACCAAUCGCAACUUCCAGUGGGAUGAAUUCGCCAAUGCGCGUGGGGGUCGGGUUAUCGAGGUGCUCAGCGAGCAUCUGUGCCAGGGUUUUAUGCAGGGAUACACCCUGACCGGCCGUGUGGGUAUCUUCCCGUCAUAUGAGAGCUUCCUCGGUAUCAUCCACACGAUGAUGGUACAAUACGCUAAGUUCAUAAAGAUGAAUAAUCAGGCCAAAGAGACCCAAUGGCAUAGCCCCGUUAGCAGUAUCAACUAUAUCGAAACCAGCACCUGGACGCGUCAAGAGCACAACGGUUUCUCCCACCAGAACCCCUCAUUCAUCGGAGCUGUCCUUAACCUCAAACAUGCCGCCGCACGCGUUUACUUGCCACCAGAUGCGAACACUUUCCUCACAACGAUUCAUCACUGCUUGAAAUCGAAGGACUAUGUCAACCUCAUGGUUGGUUCCAAGCAGCCAACCCCUGUCUAUCUCACGCCAGAAGAAGCAGAGAAUCACUGCCGUGCCGGAGCGUCCGUUUGGAAAUAUUAUAGUACAGACGACGGACUAGAUCCCGACGUAGUACUAGUGGGCAUUGGCGUUGAGCUCACGUUUGAGGUCAUUAAAGCCGCAGAAAUUUUAAAGCAGCGUGUGCCGUCCCUGCGCGUUCGCGUCGUUAACGUGACCGAUCUCAUGGUCCUCGAUAACCAAGACCAACACCCCCAUGCAAUGGAAACCGAGGCAUUUGACAGUCUGUUCACCGAAGAUAGGCCCAUCCACAUUAAUUAUCAUGGUUACCCGACUGAACUGAAGGGCCUGCUAUUCGGUCGACCAAGACUCGAGCGACUCUCGAUUGCUGGUUACAUGGAGGAAGGCAGUACGACCACUCCCUUUGAUAUGAUGCUCGUGAACCGCACAUCGCGCUACCACAUAGCUCAAGCGGCUAUUCGUGGUGCGUCGAAAAGCAAUGAAAGUGUUCGUAUCCAUCAGCAUGAACUAGUCGCCGAGUUCGAGCACGACAUCGUUGCAACAAGGAAAUACAUUAUUGAUAACCAACAAGAUCCGGAUGCCAUAUACGAUGCGCCUAAUUUCACAUAG